ACGCACCGUUGAUCGUUGAAAACGCACAAAUUUCCGCGUUCCAUAAUUUUUGCAGACUGUAAGAAAAUUCAUUUCGCAUUCUGCGCGAGGCAAGAUACGAAGUGAGGAGACAACGUGGUGAUUUUACACAGAAGAGCGUCAUGUUGCUGGAUCCGUCGGAGAAACUUCGACCUGAGCCGGUGUACUCGGGGAAAUUGCAGAGUGACUUCCGAAAUUACACCGAGGACCCCGACGAUCCCAUCAAGGAGCGCGUCCGCAGAACUUACCAGGAAAUGCACACCAAUCAGACCGUCGACUUCGUGCAAUCUCGCAUGAAGGAUUGGCUCCAGUUCAACAAGUUCAAAAUGUCGGUGAAGGAUGCCCUGAUCAAAUUGAACGACCUCGUGGAUGAGAGCGACCCGGACACCGAUAUGCCUAACAUCGUUCACGCGUUUCAAACGGCAGAGUCCAUCAGGAAGGAACAUCCAGAUCUCGAGUGGUUCCAUCUCACCGGCUUAAUUCACGAUCUCGGCAAGGUAAUGGCAUUUUACGGAGAACCUCAAUGGGCGGUAGUGGGUGACACGUUCCCGGUCGGUUGCGCCUGGGGUGAUUCCAUCGUGUACAGAGAGACGAGCUUCGACGACAAUCCCGACGGCAAGGACUCGCGCUACAACACCAAGUACGGCAUGUACAAGCCCAAGUGCGGGAUAUCCAAUCUGUUGAUGUCAUGGGGCCACGAUGAGUACUUGUAUCGCGUACUCCAGCACAACAAGAGUAAGUUGCCGAAGGAGGCUCUGACGAUGAUCCGUUUCCACUCGUUCUACCCUUGGCACGCCGGCGGCGAUUACAUGCACUUCUGCACUCCGGAAGACACAGAGAUGCUCAAGUGGGUGGUGGAAUUCAAUAAAUACGACCUGUAUACUAAGAGCGACGCCAUGCCCGACAUCGAGAAACUGUGGCCCUACUACGAGAAACUGAUCGACAAGUACAUACCCGGAGCGAUCGAAUGGUAACGAGAGAGGCGCUCUCUCGUCUGCCGCGUGUUUCUAAUUGAUAUCAAGCUGCGAGUCAACGAUUAUUGUUGUUGUUAAUACGAGAGUUCCUUUCUACUGCGAUCAAAAAGUACCCGAAAUUUAUUUUUCUUUAAAUCGCGGAUAAACUGUAAAUCAAAUCCGUUUGCUUCCUUAAGUCCGUACACUUAAGUCCUUCACGGAACUUUGGUGAAAAAAAUCAUGGCGUUCCUUCGAGCCGUUUGAAAGUGGCAGUUGUUUAUGUCAGUGAAGAUUGUUGUGCACGGUGAUUUUUAUAUCGAGAAAUAUGGAGCAAAGAAUUUGUUUGAAAUUUUAUUUGUUGCGAAGGAAAUUUCGCUCACAAACGCACUGUGAAUGUUGCAAAAAGCUUACGGCGAUGAGUGUUUAUCGAAAACAAGUUCGAGUGGUUUAAGAAGUUUCGAGAAGGACGAGAAUCCGUUGAAGAUGACCCAUGCUGUGGAGGACCAUCAACGUCAACGGAUAACGCUCACAUCGAGAAAGCGAAAGAAUUGCCGCUCCAAAAUCGUCGAUUGUCUGCGCGAGAGACAGCAGAUGAAGUCGCGCCAUCGCAUACCUUGACACUUGUGCGUGAAUUUCUGACAAAAAACUCAACGAAUGUCGCUCCGCAAGCACCGUAUUCACCAGACAUGGCACCCUGCGACUUUUUCCCGCUCCCCCUACUGAAAAAAUCACUUCGCGGACACACAGCGUUUCGAAUCGAUUGAGGACAUGAAAGAAAAAUCGCUACGUGAACUGAAGACCAUACAUACCGUUUGCCGCGUAUAAGCGACGUUUCCAGAACUGGAUCAAACGCUGGCAUAUGUGCGUUGCAAGCAAUGGGGACUACUUUGAAGGAGACUGUAAGAAUUUCGAUGAUUAUAAUUUGGACUUUUAAAAAUAAAAUUCGGAUACUUUUUGAUCGCAGUAGUAUACCGCCGGCCAAACGUACGAGGGCCUCAGAAGAGGAAAACGACCUUGGACGAGCAUUUCGAUUUGUUAUAUCUUAGCGAAAGACUUAUACCGUACAUACAUAGAUAUGUAGGAUCUGCGAUGACGAUACUGCUCGCGCGAUCAGCGAGAGGCUGAUGUCUCGCGAUGUAAGCUUCCCGACGCGGAAACGAUCCUUUCGAUAAAUCCUCGGCGGAGAACGCCGUACGCGCGCGAGUAUGAGCCGAUUUGAAUCACGUCCCAUAACGCGGGUCCCGCUCAAUCUCUCGGUAAACAUGAUUCGUAAGAAUUAUGUUCAGGGGCCCGCGAUGUCACGAGUAAUAACGCGCAGCGGCCAACGCAUUCUUCCGCGGAAUUCCCGGCGUGACGCGAAUUCCGCGGUCGCGACGCGCGCGCUUCGCGGAGCGCCGCGUUCCGAAAAUCGGCGCGCGAGUUUUUCGACGUGUUUCAAAUUGACCGGCAGUCCCGCGGCAAGCGGGACGAUAAAGGCCGCGGUUGUCUCGAUUAGGUGAGUAAUCCGGCCGUUAAAUGGCCGCGCGAAGGGGAGCUUGACUCACGGGCCGGGCCGGGCGGCCCGAUACUUCGAACGAAGAAUUCGUUCUCCAAGAACUGGUUUGUGCUGAUUUUCACCGCUACCGCAUUCGUCCUCGAAUGGUGGACCUGCGUAAGAUCGGCGACAGCCGGAAGCGGGAUCGUCGGUAUUGUCCCGAAAGGCGAGAUAUGAAUUUCGGGAUACGCGACUUCGUCGGUCUCGGUCUCGCAACAACGCAAGAACGCAUUUCGUCGUAAUUUAGCAUAGAGUAUAACCCUUUAACGCCUACUGGUAACUAUAGUUAAACAGAAACGCGUUUAAGAAUCCAUAACUUAGUGAAAAAGGAGAUUUUCGUUUUCUUUGCCCACCACUGUAAAGGUGAAUUCUUCUUCCAAGAGACGGUAUACAGAUUGCAUGUAGAUUCGGUUUAGUCUGUUUUUAGCUCAGUUUUAAUGAUAACAUGUUUUGUCAAAUUCCAUGUAGGCAUAGUUAGCAUUGUUACUGACAUCUAGAAGUGCACUAUAAAUUAAUAGUAUAUAAGUGUUACAACAAGCACAUGCCUGUUAAGGAAAACAGUAAAAGACCUUGUCGAUUUUUGUGCAGCUCGAAAGGGAAGCAAAGCGGGACAAAAAUAACUUGCAAAACCUGUAAAAUUCCCCUCUGCAUCUCUCGAUGCUUUAUGCAAUUCCAUUCCGAGUAAAUAAGGAUCAAGUUCUGAAUAUGAGUUUUAUGUUUCGAGGAAUUUUUCUAGCCAUUAGGUACGAUAUAAUAAACUGUAAACAGUCAUGUGCUUGUUGUAACACUUAUAUUCUAUUCGUUUACAGUGCACUUGUAAAUGUCAGUAACAAUUAAAAAUAAAAUUACUACAACUAAAAAAGAAAAUUUAACCGAUCAGGCGUAUUUUUCGCUUCUGGGAGUAGUUUCUGCCUGGAAAGGUAGUUUUUCAUAGAUAUAAAAUUCUGAUAUUUUUUUUGGUUAUCACUAUGUAUAGUCUCGGUUCAAAAAAACUCAAAUUUUAUUCUUAAAACACUUAUAAAAAAGUCGAGCGUUAAGGGGAUAAAGAGCGACGCACUUGUCCAAGUUUCAACGAUUACUCAGUCUCAGAAUCACUUCUAAUUUGCGCUCUCAAAUAGGCCGAGAAAUAAGAGUGAUUGCCUACAGGCACUUUUAACUUUACGUUCACCGACUUCUUGCCAUUUUCCGCUUCAUCAGUCACAGCUUGUUGAUAUUCGCGCGAAAUUCUUCUCCUCGGCAGACUGCUUUGUCCCCUUUGCCUUUCUCGAUGUCUCGCACGCCGAAAUAGGGAGUUUUUGCAAUACCGCCUCUCGGAUACGAUAAACGUUGACCGCGAAUGCUAUCGCUCGCCGCGUACAUUGCGACGUUGUUUCUGAGCGAAUAACAUUACCAAACUCCCUAAUAUAAAACACGCGUCGCGCGGUUUUUCUCGCGCUUUCGGUACACACAGCGGUCGGAGGGACACGCCAUCGCGGGGAAUGAGAGGGGCGAGAUGUCCCAGGUAAUUUUUCUUGUUUUUCAUUACCGACGAUCGUGGGAGAAUAAUCCGAAGCGUGGCAGUCGGCAAUACAGCCAACUCACGUACGUAAGGGUGGUACAGUUAGCAGCAACAAGGACAAGCGGCGAGCUUUCCCGCGCCUUGUCACGCCCAUCACGUUAUGUGAAUGCGAUAGAAGUGAAACUUUUGGCACACGCGGCCGCGUCCGCGUGCAGAGAGGCGCCUAGGAAGUUUUCAAUAAACCGGACAAUCUACUGUG